AAAAUGCUACAAAACAUCCCGCUCAUCUGACAGAGUCACCUGCAAGAAAAUACAUAUUAUUACGAGAGUUUUCGUAUCAAUCUAUACAUAAUCCAAGCGCUAGCCCUGGAGGCAACCUUGAACAAGAUCUGAAAGGAACCUCCAUCGGCACCUUUCUACGGGCUGAUCUCCAUUGCCAUUAUUCGUAUAGCUGCUGCGCAGAUUAUUUCAAGUUUUUAGUUAAUAGAAAUGGUAGGUCGCGGGAGGAUAUUCGAGUAUUUUGCAGUAUGCGGGCUGGGGCCGGAGCUUCGAACGCUGGACGGCGUGAAAGGUUUUCACGGGACUCUCGUCAAAUAUAUGCCCUCCCUUCUUGACCAAUUCCCUUCUUCCAAGGAUUCCGAUUACCCUCCUCCUCCCCCGCAACUUUCCACGUGUGUUUUACCAGCAGGAGUGGAGUUCUAUACCUCAGGCUUCAAUGCCAGUGAUAAAGCCAGCCAUCCACAUAGCUAUCCCAUAGUAUUGACGGAGGGAGAUGGAUCCAAAAUCUAUGUUAGCUGUGUUGCUUUUCGUGACCCAGUAAGUGAUGAUAUUGCUGAAGCCUAUCGGAUUCCUGUGAAUUCUUUUGUGGAUAAAUGUAUCUGUCUCAUUUCACAUUCACCUAGUUUUCAAGUGCUUCGAGAAGCAACAGAGGAGUUGUUUCGUUUAUGUUUCUCAACAUCUGGGUGCAGCAAGUCACUAUGGGAGAUUGUGAUGUAUAUGGUCCUCAAUGUUCCUUUGCCGAUUCCAGGAAAGACUAAGGUUUUAUUUUCUAUAGAGCAUUGCCUUCUCUCUGUGGAGGCACCCCACAAAGAUGGACUACCUCAUGCAGAUAUUUCUUUUCAACCAUUGGUUCAAAGCUUGGAUGUUGACAACCUAAUCCAGUUUUUUACUGCUGUUCUUCUUGAGAGGCGAAUUCUACUUCGGGCAAACAAGUACUCGUUACUGACUCUUGUAUCAGAAGCUAUUUGCCACUUAAUUUAUCCAUUUAAGUGGCAGCAUGUUUACAUACCAUUGCUGUUUUUUAGUGGAGUAGAUUAUAUUGACGCUCCAACUCCAUAUAUGAUGGGUCUUCACUCAGGAGUUGACACUGCUGGACUUGCUAUGGAUGGUGUUGUGGUUGUGGACCUUGACAAUAAUCGCAUAACAACAUCAGAGGAUAUCCCCUUAAUACCUGAGCCAGAACGGGGCAUCCUGCGCACAGAGAUUGUUCAAUUGUUGUAUCCAAAUCUUAUGGAGUUAGAUCAUAUGCAAAAAAAAGCUGGAGGGCUAUUUGGAGUCUUCCAAAGACGUCAUAACAAGUCUUGGGGUGAUCAACAUGACUUGGAACUAAGAUUGAUAUUCCUGAAGUUUUUUGCUUCAAUUCUUGGUGGUUAUAGAAACUUUGUGGAAAAUACAGCAGCACGUGUCUUCAACACACAGGCUUUUCUGAAGAAGAGAUCUCGAAUGACCAUCAAACCUUCUGAACCCAUGGUAGCACAAUUUCUAGAUACCCAGGGUUUCUUUGAAUUCCUGGAGAGAGGCCAUGGAUCAGAAGAGCAUGGGCUCAAUCUUCUGGACAAGCUGCAAGAUGCGAUAGCUAGAGGCCAAGAUUCUUAUGCUGUGCUUCCAGUGGCUACAAGUGAACUGGAGAUUUUAACCAUAGAGGAUUUACCUAGUGUAAAUGCAGAUUCAAAGGCUCCAUAUUGUUAUGAUCAUUUUCCCAUUAAUACGAGGACUCAAGAACAGGAAGAAAAGCGUAAAACAAUUCUAGCUGUUGCAAGUGCUACGUUGGAACAUCCAGCAAGGCACAUGCUAACUCCAACACCAUCACUAACCAGACGGGAAUUUGCCAAAGCAGAGAGUCUCAGCCCAAGGGAAAGAGCUGCAGAGAGAGAGCGCAUGGUUCUGGACAUAAAAGUCAAGCUGCAGGGACUGUGGAUGCGUCUCCUUAAGCUGGGUGCAACUGAUGAUCCUCUUUCUUCUUUUGAAUAUGGAACAAUCCUGGCUCUAAUUGAGUCAGAUGCAGAAGGUAUUGGUGGAAGUGGAUUUGUGGAAUGCAUUAGGGAGCAUAUUCACUCAGGAUGGCAGUGCCGGUUGACAGAGGAACAGUUUAUUGCAGUUAAGGAAUUGCUUAAGACGGCAAUUAGUCGUGCAACAUCAAGAAAUGACAUGAUUACUGUAAUGGAUGCUCUGGAAAUUUCUGCUGAUAUAUAUAAAAGAGAUGAUAAUAAUGUACCAGAUUAUGUUCAACGUCAUCUUGGCUUGCUUCCUGCUUGGGAUGAAGUACGGUUUUGGGAAGUAUAUUUUGAGACCAUAAUGGAGAAAGCUGCAGACAAGUUGGCCAACUAUGCAACACUUGUCACUGAACAACUUAUCGUAAUUGCAUCCCAUAUGGCUGGUUUAGGGAUACCUGAUGCAGAUGCUUGGUUUAUCAUGGAGUCAAUUGCACAAAAGAACAAUCUUGGAUACAAGCAACUUAUUAAGCUUAGGGGCUUAUUAUCAUAUAUGCAACAAGUCCGACAAGGCUACUGGGGUAUCCUGCCAGGACAUUCACAGUUGUUAUCAUCUGGUAAGCACACUCAACAAUCACAGGAUUCUGUGGAUGAGAGUCAACAGCCAGCUGAGGCAUCAGGUUUAGGACGGAGCUGGGUACAGAGCAUGUUUAGUAGAGAUCCAUCUAUAAGGGGAAAUGCAGCUGGGCGUGGACAAAGGGGGGCAUCUAAUAGUGGAGGUUUAGUUCCAAAUGAGAGCACAAAAAAUAAUGCAGCAUCACGAAAAUUAGAUAUACCUGUGGUAGUGCCAAAGAGGGGUCAUUCAGGUGUCCGUAUACUCAGGGGUCAUAAGGGGUCUAUCACUGCUCUUCAUGCAAUCACAAGAAGUGAAGUUUGGGACUUGACAAGUGAUCAAGAGGAUGCUGGAUAUUUCAUUAGUGGAAGUGUUGAUUGCACUCUUAAACUUUGGGAUCCAAAUCUUCGCGGAUCAGAGCUUAGAGCAACAUUAACAGGCCAUACCAGAGCAAUCCGAGCAAUCAGCUCUGACAGAACACGAGUUGUUUCAGGCUCUGAUGAUCAGAACGUGUUUGUGUGGGACAAACAUACUUCCCGACUUUUGGAGGAACUCAAGGGUCAUGAUGCUCAGGUUAGCUGUGUGAAGAUGCUUUCUGGAGAGCGUGUGCUUACUGCUUCUCAUGAUGGGUCUGUUAAGAUGUGGGAUGUUAGAACUGAUACUUGUGUAGCAACUGUUGGCCGUUCUUUAAGUGCAAUUCUAUGCAUGGAAUAUGAUGACUCCACAGGGCUUUUAGUGGCUGCUGGAAGGGAUGGGGUUGGCAAUAUAUGGGAUAUACGAGCUGGAAGACAAAUGCACAAGCUGUUAGGGCAUACAAAAUGGAUUCGAUCAAUGAGAAUGGUUGGAGACACUAUAAUUACUGGAAGUGAUGACUGGACUGCUAGAUUGUGGUCUGUUUCUCGUGGAACUUGUGAUGCUGUACUAGCAUGCCAUGCUGGCCCAAUCACUUGUGUUGAAUACUCAACUUUUGACAAAGGGAUAAUCACUGGUUCAGCAGAUGGUAUGGUGCGAAUUUGGGAAAGUCAUGAGGGCUCAUUGCAAUGCGUGAAAACUAUAAGCAUUCAUUCAUCAGACAUAUUAUCAGUCAAGGUUGGAGAACAGUGGUUAGCUAUUGGUGCUGCAGAUAAUUCCAUGUCUUUGUUCCACCGAAUUGAACAGAGACCGGGUGUUGACUCUAACAUUGCUAGCAAAAUGGCAGGAUGGCAACUAUAUCGGACCCCACAACGAACUGCUGCUAUGGUCCGAUGUGUGGCUUCUGAUAUUGACCGUGGAAGAAUCUGCAGUGGUGGUCGUAAUGGAAUUCUUCGGCUUUGGGAACCAACAGUUCAAGUAUGAAAUUUGUGAGAGUCAUGUAAGAUUAUGUUGCAAGCAAAGCAAAAGUAGUGUUAUUCUUUCCUGUAAUAUUCAAGCGAUAUUUUGCAGGCAUGUUGCAUUUAUACUAUAUCUUGACUUUGCUGUAUGCUUGUAUCUUUGAAUUUUGACUGUUCAAAUGUAACCAUAAGUUUAUAUGCUUCUAUUAUAUUUUGUUAUAUUGUAAGCAUAAUUAUUAACCAAGUUUCACCAUAUGAGAAUGUUUGAGUA